CAGGACCUACUACAUAUGCGGCACUUUGGUAUUUUGAACAAGUCUGAAUCAAUUCAAAAUUGGCCACACCCAAGUCGUCAUCAAUUAUUCUGUCAUUUGGACAUUGCCUUGCCUUGCUGAUUUAUAUUCCUGAAAAUUUAAAUCUAAAUCAUCUUCGAGAAAACCGAAAAUGGCAGCUGUAAGUCUCCUCAAUCCAAAAGCUGAAAUUGCCCGAGCCGCCGAGGCUCUCGGCAUCAAUAUCACCGCGGCCACCGCUCUGCAGAAACUCAUGGCCUCCAAUUUGGGACCGAAGGGCACCACCAAGAUGCUUGUUUCGCCCGCAGGCGACAUCAAGAUCACCAAAGAUGGCAAUGUGCUGCUCCACGAGAUGUACAUCCGCCACCCCACGGCAGCCAUGAUCGCACGGGCCAGUACGGCCCAAGACGAUUCCUUGGGAGAUGGCACCACCUCCACGGUCCUACUAAUUGGUGAACUCUUGAAGCAAGCAGGCCUGCUGAUCGAAGAGGGCUUGCAUCCCCGCAUCCUGGUGGAAGGUAUUAUGCUGGCCAAGGAUCGGGCCUUGGAGGUGCUCCAAUCUCUUCAGAUUUCUAUGCCCGUAGAGCGUGAAUCCUUAAUUCCUGUGGCCAGAACCAGCUUGAGAACUAAGCUGGAGUCCGGCCUGGCCGAUAUGCUCACCGAGAUCUGUGUGGAUGCUGUCCUGGCCAUUCGAGGCGAUGGCAAGGAUCAGCUGGAUCUUAACAUGAUCGAGCUGAUGGAAAUGCUACAGCACAGCAGCCUGGAGACGCUGCUAGUUGAGGGACUAGUCCUGGAUCACGGAGGACGUCAUGUAAACAUGCCGAAAAAACUGAAGGAUGCCUAUAUCCUCACCUGUAAUGUGUCCCUGGAGCUGGAGAAAACCUCUGUGACUUCCACUUUUUGCUACAAAACUGCCCAAGAACAGGAUAACUAUGUGACCGAGGAGCAUCGCUUCAUAGAUCUCCGCCUGGACAAGAUCAUAGAGCUGAAGAAGCGGGUAUGCGAGGGAAACCAGAAGGGAUUUGUGGUCAUCACUCAGAAGGGCAUCGAUGUGCCAUCCCUGGAGGCCUUGGCCAGGGAGGGAAUCCUGGGCUUACGCCGUGCCAAGCCCAGGAACAUGGAGCGCUUGGUGAGGGCCUGCGGCGGAGAGGCCUUGAAUUCACUAGAAGACUUGAAGGAAGAGCACCUGGGCUUCGCCGGAUCCGUUCGUGAGGAGAUCCUGGGCGAAACGAAGUACACAUUUGUGGAGCACUGUCGCAAUCCCACUUCCGUGACGAUCGUUAUUCGCGGCGAGGCUCGUCACCAGAUUAUAGCCAUUAAGGAUGCCAUACGCGAUGGCCUCCAUGCCAUCCAGAAUGCUAUCCGGGAUGCCAGCGUUGUGCCUGGUGCCGCUGCCUUUGAGAUGAAGGCCCACAGCGAGCUCCAGACAUUUAAGCACUCCAUCAAUGGCAAGGCUCAGCUGGGGGUCCACCUCUUUGCCGAGGCCCUCUUGGUAAUACCCAAGACCCUGGCCGCGAACAGCGGCUUUGAUGUCCAGGACACCAUUGUCAAAUUGUCGGAGGCGCAGCGGGACGCUGAGUUCUCCGUGGGUCUCGACCUGGUCACCGGAGAGACUGUGGACCCUGCUGCUGCUGGCAUCUUUGACAACUACUGUGUGCGUAAGCAGAUCCUAAACUCCUGCUCGGUUAUUGCUGGCAAUCUCCUGCUCACCGACGAAAUAAUCCAAGCGGGCUUGACGAGCCUAAAGGGUUAAACGUUGGUUUCAGCUGCAGUUUGCUCAUUCUCACACCACAGCCUGGCUUGGAGUCCUUCGCCUCUGAUUGAAGCACUCGAUUCCGGAAAACUUUUUCUAGGAAAUAUGACAGCCUGGAGAGCCAAAGGUGUGCCAGGAACAGGAAAGCCUUAAUGGAACUAACAGAAAAUCGACAGCGGCUACACUAAGAACAAAACUGAAUCCCUUGUUAAUUGAAAUAAAUCAGAGAUUAAACGAGAAAUUGCUA